AGGAUUUGAUGCUUGUUUGUUGCUUCUGGGUAUGUUAAAAAGUUGACAUCUGGGUUGAAGUUUGAUGCAUCUCUGUACUCCAUUUUCUUCUGGGAUUUGACAAAGUUACUAUUUCUUGGAUGAUCAGUGAAUUCUAAUUGCCGUAUAAGUAUGGAUUGGCCAAUACAAUUUCAAAAGUUUUUCCAGAAUGAAAGGAGGAGAUGGCUCUUUGUAGUGGGUUUAGUGGGUAUUACUCAUUUGUUUUGUCAGUCCUUGUUGCUUCCAUAUGGAAAUGCUCUUCUCUCUAUGUUGCCUGAUGGUGAGGUUCCAAUAAGUGGGAAGGACAGUGUUUCAUCUAGACAAUCUUCUGCUAAGGCCGUUGUGGUGGUUACCAACUCCCUCGCCCUUAAUGGUUCAGACGUGAUAGAUACAUCUCUAUCUGUUGGCCAAGGCAAAGAUGCAGUAAGUAGAGACUUAGAUGGAGACACUGAGGAUGAUAUGGGACCGGCAAGAAAUGAUAAUGACAAAGAGACUACAGUUGCUUCAGAUGGCGAAGACCUAGACAGCAAUCCAGACUUUGUUGAAGAUGAACAGAUAGACAACAAUAAUCUGUUUGAAGAUAUUGAAGAGUUGGGUGAGGGUUCUACAGCAGAGAAUGUUGAAAAUCAAAAGAAGGGUUUCAUAUUGGAAAAGGCUAGUGAAACUAAGUAUGGCCUCUCUCUGGAGCAGAUUGUGAAACCAAGUCAUGAGAAUUCCAUGGGCAAUAUUCAAGAUGCAAAUCCACUUAUACUGCCAGACAAAUUUACUGUACAAUCUUUGCCAGUUACAUUGCCUCCAGUAAUAUCUUCAGUUAAUAGAACAUUUAUGCAAACGUCUGCACCUAAUGUGAGCACCUCUAUUGUCUCUACUGUCAAUAACUCUUCAGUUAAGGAAGCAAUAGAAGUCCUUCAAGAUGAUGAGAACCAUGUGCUGUUGCAAAGCAACUUGGACACUUCAAAAAAUGAUUCUGCAACUGUCAGUAGUCCCGUUAAAAAAAAGAUGAGGUGUCAAAUGCCACCAAAAUCAGUAACAACCAUAGAUGAGAUGAACCGUUUACUAGUUCGGCACCGUGCUCGUUCACGUGCAAUGAGACCAAGAUGGUCCUCAGUACAUGACCGAGAAAUCCUGACUGCAAAGUCACAGAUUGAGAAUGAUCCCAUCGUGAAGAUCAAUCGAGAACUUUAUGCUCCCCUCUUUCGGAAUGUUUCAAUGUUUAAAAGGAGCUAUGAACUCAUGGAACGCAUACUCAAAGUAUAUAUUUACAAGGAUGGAGAAAAACCCAUCUUUCAUCAACCAAUAAUGAAGGGACUCUAUGCCUCCGAGGGAUGGUUUAUGAAACUGAUGGAGGGAAAUAAGCGUUUUGUUGUGAAGGACCCCCGAAAGGCACACCUGUUUUAUAUGCCUUUUAGUUCACGGAUGCUACAGUACACCCUGUAUGUACAUAACUCUCACAAUCGGACCAACCUACGCCAAUAUCUCAAGAUUUAUUCAGAAAAGAUAGCAGCAAAAUAUCCUUUCUGGAACAGAACUGGUGGGGCAGAUCAUUUUCUUGUUGCUUGCCAUGAUUGGGCCCCAUAUGAAACAAGGCAUCAUAUGGAACAUUGCAUCAAAGCCCUCUGCAAUGCUGAUGUAACUGCAGGCUUCAAAAUAGGGAGAGAUGUGUCCCUUCCAGAAACAUACGUCCGUUCUGCCAGAAACCCUCUUAGAGACCUUGGAGGAAAGCCACCUUCUCAAAGGCAUAUUCUUGCCUUCUAUGCUGGUAACAUGCAUGGAUAUUUACGCCCGAUCUUGCUCAAGUAUUGGAAGGACAAGGACCCUGAUAUGAAGAUCUUUGGUGCAAUGCCUCCAGGUGUUGCAAGCAGAAUGAAUUACAUUCAUCAUAUGAAGAGCAGCAAGUACUGCAUCUGCCCCAAGGGUUACGAGGUCAACAGCCCGAGGGUGGUUGAAGCCAUCUUUUACGAGUGUGUACCUGUGAUCAUCUCUGACAAUUUUGUGCCACCAUUUUUCGAUGUCUUAAAUUGGGAUUCAUUCUCAAUCAUUAUCGCUGAGAAAGAUAUCCCUAACUUGAAAGACGUACUCAUUUCUCUACCGGAAGAGAAGUAUCUAGAAAUGCAAAGUGCGGUGAGGAAGGUUCAGCAGCAUUUUCUGUGGCAUGCCAAGCCCAUGAAGUAUGAUCUCUUUCACAUGACCCUGCAUUCAAUUUGGUACAAUAGAGUUAAUCAGAUAAAACUUAGAUGACAAUUGCCAUGGCUUUUUCGACAAGCAAAAUUUGGAGGACUGAAUCCAUUACAGCUGCUUUUCGAUUUCUCCUGGUCUGACUACCACUCCUUGGAUUUGAGAACAAAAUGUAGAGGCGCCUGUUAAAUUUUCUGCUGUAAGUAGUUUUCUUGUAUAUAUACUGUUGUAUCAAUCUUCUCUUGUAUAAGAAGAUUAAUCUUUUACCUGUUGCAGAUAUAAAAAAAUGUUCC